GAAAUCAAAACAUUAUUGUGAUCAUAUUGUGUUGAUAUUGCGACAUGUGAUAGCUUUCUGUUAUGAUUACGUGUCCUCUUCUCAGAUUUACGUCUGAAUAAGAAGAAUAUUUAUUCAUCACUUCCUCAACUUUACCCUUUUGGUUGGAAAUCGGCGCACGGGUUUCUUUAUGUAAUGAAAGAUGUCUAUGAUACUUCGAGCUUCGAGUUUACUGCGAAGAGGGAAAACUGCGUUUUCAGCCGCUAAGCUAUCGUCUGUUUCGACAAGAUCACGAAAGAGUUUGUCGGCAUCAUUGGUUUUAGAGGAUGGAACUCGCCUUAAAGGAUAUUCCUUUGGUCAUGGCAAAUCUACAUCUGGAGAAGUGGUCUUUAAUACCGGUCUGACUGGAUACCCUGAAGCACUCACAGAUCCAAGUUACAGAGGACAAAUACUGACCCUGACUUAUCCUAUAGUGGGAAAUUAUGGUGUGCCGAGCACAACAGAGAGAGAUAAAUAUGGAUUAUUAAAACAUGUGGAAUCAGAAAACAUACAGGUGUCUGGAUUGCUUGUUCAGGAUUAUUCUCAUAAUUACAGUCACUGGAAUGCAGUGAAGUCACUUUCAGAAUGGUUGCAAGAAGAAAAGAUUCCAGCCUUGUAUGGAGUAGAUACAAGAAUGUUGACCAAAAUCAUAAGAGACAAGGGGACCAUCCUUGGUAAAAUAGAAUUUGAAGAUCAGCCUGUAGAAUUUGUUGAUCCUAAUAAGAGGAAUUUGACAGCUGAAGUUUCUGUCCAGGAAAAACAAAUUUUUGGUGAAGGAAAUCCAUACAAAGUCAUAGUUGUUGACUGUGGUAUAAAACAGAACAUGAUCCGGCACUUAGUUAUGAGAGAUGCAGAAGUUCACUUGGUGCCUUGGAAUUAUGAUUACUCAGAGGAUAUCUAUGAUGGUUUAUUUAUUUCCAAUGGGCCCGGUGACCCUGCCAUGGUAUGGGAUGCUGUUCUGAAUCUGCGCAAGGUGUUGAAGAAUGAGCGUAACCAGCCAAUAUUUGGUAUCUGCAUGGGGAAUCAACUUACCGGUCUGGCAGCUGGUGCACAGACUUACAAGCUGCCACUUGGAAACAGAGGACACAAUCAGCCAGUGAUUAACCAACUCAAUGGACAAGCAUUUAUAACCUCCCAGAAUCAUGGAUAUGCCAUUGAUGAGAAGACUCUUCCUUCAGAUUGGAAAUCACUGUUUAUUAAUGCCAAUGACAACACAAAUGAGGGCAUCAUGCACAAGGACAAACCUAUCUUCACUGCACAGUUUCAUCCGGAGGCAUUUGGUGGACCAACAGACACAGAGUUUCUGUUUGACACAUUCAUGAAUCUUGUAAAAGGUGGGAAAACAUCAGUGGACCAUGCAAUGGGGAGACCAUUUAAAGUUCCAACACCUCCUAAGGUGUCAAAAGUGUUAGUCUUAGGUUCUGGUGGUUUGUCCAUCGGUCAAGCUGGAGAGUUUGACUAUUCCGGAUCUCAAGCAAUAAAGGCGUUGAAGGAAGAAAAUAUGAAGACUGUUCUGAUGAAUCCUAACAUUGCCUCAGUUCAAACUAAUGCAGAAGGAGAGAAACAGGCAGAUGUGGUGUACUUUGUGCCCAUAACUGAACAGUUUGUUGAAGAUGUCAUAAGGCGUGAAAGACCAGAUGGAAUUUUAUUGUCGAUGGGCGGUCAAACAGCCUUAAACUGCGGAGUUGAGCUGUAUGACAAGGGAGUAUUGAAGAGAUAUGGUGUUGAGGUGCUUGGAACACCGAUAGAGUCAGUCAAAGCCACAGAAGACAGACAAAUUUUUUCAGACAAACUCACAGAGAUUGGAGAGAAGAUAGCACCUAGCGUCGCAGUGGAAACGGAAGAGUCGGCUGUAAAGGCUGCCAAGAACAUUGGUUUUCCAGUAAUGGUUCGAGCCGCGUAUGCUCUUGGAGGACUGGGAUCCGGCUUGUGUGAAAAUGAAGAGAAACUGAGAGAAGUCGCAAGACAGGCACUCAAGCUAUCAAAUCAGAUUCUGAUUGAGAAAUCUUUGUUGGGUUGGAAAGAAAUUGAGUAUGAAGUCGUCAGGGAUGCCGCUGAUAAUUGCAUCACUGUAUGUAACAUGGAGAAUUUUGAUCCUUUAGGAGUUCACACAGGUGACUCUGUGGUUGUGGCACCAAGUCAAACUCUGUCAAAUGAGGAAUAUCACAUGCUGCGGGAAACAGCACUUAAGGUUGUACGCCAUCUUGGUAUUAUUGGUGAAUGUAACAUACAGUAUGCUCUGCACCCAAAGUCUCUGGAGUACUGUAUAAUUGAAGUCAAUGCCCGUUUGUCCAGAAGCUCUGCCCUCGCAUCAAAAGCUACCGGAUAUCCUCUGGCAUUCAUCGCAGCCAAGCUCGCACUUGGAAUACAACUUCCUGACAUCAAGAACUCUACAACAGAGCAAACAACGGCCUGUUUUGAGCCAAGCCUCGAUUACAUUGUCACCAAGAUUCCUAGAUGGGACUUGGACAGAUUUCAUAUGACUUCCAAACAGAUCGGGAGCUCGAUGAAAAGUGUUGGAGAGGUUAUGGCGAUCGGUCGAACAUUUGAGGAGAGCUUUCAGAAAGCUUUGCGUAUGGUGCAUCCCUCAGUGGAUGGCUUUGUGUCCAAGCUUCCCAGUAUGCAUCAGGAGUUGACAGACGGCAAACUUGAAGAUGAGCUAGUUGUUCCAUCAAACACAAGAGUAUACUCCAUCGCUAAGGCGCUUCACCAGAACUAUACAGUGGAUCAAAUACACGAACUGACAAGCAUUGAUCACUGGUUCUUGCACAAAUUGGAUCGUAUUGUGGAAAUAGAGAAAGAUCUAAAGAAUCAGCAACUAGAGACUGUCAGCACAGAUUAUGAUGAAUGUGAUCGCCUUUACUUUGAGGAACUUUCCCUCGAAAGAGUCUUAGACAUUUACCAGCAGGAGGUUUGUAAUGGUGCUGUGAUCUCAGUUGGUGGACAAAUCCCCAAUAACCUAGCGCUCCCUCUGUACAUGAAUGGUGUUAAUGUCCUUGGUACCUCUCCCCUGAUGAUAGACGCGGCUGAAGAAAGAUCUCGCUUCUCUGCAACUCUUGACGAGAUUGGAGUUGGCCAAGCGCCUUGGAGAGCCGUUUCUUCCGUGGAUGACGCGUUGAAUUUUGCUGCCACCGUUGGGUACCCAUGUCUUCUCAGACCUUCUUACGUCUUGAGUGGCUCAGCCAUGAACGUAGCUUACGGUCCAGUUGAACUGAAAAAGUUUUUACAAGAGGCUGCCAGGGUGUCACAGGACCAUCCUGUUGUGAUGACGAAAUUCAUCGAGGGCGCUCGGGAAAUCGAAAUGGAUGCUGUAGCUAAGAAUGGAAAGGUCGUCGCCCAUGCUAUUUCUGAGCACGUGGAAAAUGCUGGCGUCCAUUCAGGGGAUGCCACCCUCAUCUUGCCUCCACAGACAAUCAGUGAAGAAGACAUCGCCCAGGUAAAAGAAGCAACCAGGAAGAUUGCUGAAAAGUUCAACAUUUCGGGUCCGUUCAACACGCAGUUUUUAGCCAAAGAUAAUGAAAUCAUGGUGAUUGAGUGCAAUCUACGUGCUUCUCGUUCCUUUCCUUUCGUAUCCAAAACAGUCGGCACAGACUUUAUCACUGUGGCUACAAAGAUAAUGGUGAACCAUCCUCUUGAUGAGCACGCGUUACCUGAUCUGACCACGCCCUUGCAGCCAGUCGGAUAUGUUGGCAUCAAGGUUUGGAUGUUUACGUGAUUUUAACGUGUUUGUGCCAUAAAGAAAUUGAAAAUAAUGCUGUUUCGUAAUACGUUUACAUUUGACGAUUUACAGGUGGCUUGCUUUGGAUCCACUGCCAAUUCAGCGUUUCUCAAGGCUUUGAUGUCAACUGGCUUCCGUCUGCCUAAGAAAGGCAUUCUGAUUGGUAUUCAGCAAUCCUUGCAGCCAAAGUUUCUCCCAACAGCCAACAAACUUCGCCAACUGGGAUUCACUCUAUACGCAACAGAAGCUACGGCGCAGUAUUUGAACGAACACAAUAUUCCGGCGCAACCCGUAGAGUGGCCUCUACACAGCGUUGGUGUAAACCCGACUGCUACAAGACUGAUUCAAGAUAAAGAUGUAGACCUGGUGGUGAAUUUGCCAAAUCAGAACACCAAGUACAUCAAAGAUAACUACCUCAUCCGUAGAUCGUCCAUCGACUGUGGAGUCCCACUCAUAACUAACUUGGAGGUCGUGAAGAUGUUUGCCGAAGCUCUUUCAGAAACCGGCCGCAAAAUCGAUGCCACA